AUGGCCAGCGGAACGUUGAACAUGGACGAUUCGUCCGGGAUUUUGUCGUCAUUUUCGAGUUCUUCGUACAGUUUGUAUUUUUCCUGUUGCGACAUGGUUUUCGCAAUGCGACUGGCUCGAGGAGGCGGAACCUUGAUGUUUGUUCUCGGAAGCUCUGUGGAAGAGACACUGGUGAUGGACGAAACCCGGGACGUGGACCCGUUGGAAUCGCCGCUAGAAUCGCCUGUGGUGCUGUCAUGUUUGGAAAUGUUGAGAACCGAGUCGCUUGGCCGCUUGAUACCGAGACCGGAAAACGAUGGCAUGCUGCUGGGAGAUCGUUGCAGAGUCUGA